GACGUCGCUUCUCCAUUGAAAUUCUUGUAUUAUUCCUAUACAUAUAAAUUUAAUCUUUGUUGUUGCCUUUAAUUUAUUUAUUGCAGAGCUUCAAAGUUCAGACACUGAUUAUCUUUCCGUUGUCAUUCUCGGAGACGGGAGCUGCCAACAAAAUAGGAAAGAAUUGUCGGCAGAAUCGAACUCCGUCCCUUCAUUUUUUCUCUGGUAAACGAUGUCGCUAUCGGACAUUGCCAUCAACAUCUUGGAGAGCUCGAAGGUACUUGAUCGUGUAAGGAAGGAGCAAGAGCUAGUGCUCGUUGAGAUCAACAAGAUGCACAAGAAACUCAAAGCAACUCCUGAGAUGGUUGAGAAGCCGGGGGAUACCUCAUUAUCAAAGCUAAAGUCAUUGUACAUUCAAGCAAAAGAGCUAUCAGAGAGUGAAGAAAAUAUUUCCACUUCUUUAACAGGCAAACUUGAUGCUCUACUGUCAUCUGAAUCAUCAGGGCAACCACGAAAGAGAAUAGAAGGUAAUGAGCUGAAAAAGAAGCGAAUGAAAACACACUUAGAUAUCUCAAGACUAUCUCUUAGCAAGCGGCUUGAGAUUUGUCUUGGUCUUAAGGGUGAACAGGUAGCAGCCAGGGUCACACCACAUAAUGCUGAUAAGGACGAAUGGUUUGUUGUAAAAGUGAUUCAUUUCAACAAGGAAACGAAAGAAUUUGAAGUACUAGAUGAGGAACCUGGUGAUGAUGAAGAGGGCAUUGGCCAAAGACGAUACAAACUUCCAAUGUCAAAUAUCAUUCCUUUCCCCAAGAGGAACGAUGCUUCUAAUGCAACAGAUUUCCCUCAUGGAACACAUGUUUUGGCAGUCUAUCCUGGAACUACAGCCCUAUAUAAAGCUACAGUUGUCAAUGGCCAUCGAAAGAGGAAGACAGAUGAUUAUUUGCUGGAAUUCGACGAUGACGAAGAAGAUGGAGCUUUACCUCAAAGGACGGUACCCUUCCACAAAGUGGUUCCUUUGCCGCAGGGACAUCGCCAGUGAAACAAGAUACCCGUAGCUAUGUAUAGAAAAGGAUGUGGCCAAUAUAUUGCUUUAAGAGCUGGAUGCGGAUUUAUAUGAUAGAUUCUCCCACGUGUAGAGUUCCUCGGAACUAAAGUUGUUCCCUGCGUCCAGGGCUACAGGGAGCAAAUUUACGCAUGAAGUGCCCGAUAGCCGGAAAUAAGGGAUCAUUACACACGUACAUGUGUGAAAGGGAACAAUGGUUUCGAUGCUGAGAUGAAAUAUAUGUUGUUUUGUGUACAAGGAAAAAUACCUUUUUAAUGUAUCAGAGUAGCUGUAAGAUCACUAUUUUACAAUUGAAUCCUGAUUUAACUCUAUGAAUCCUAUACUUGAGUAUUUUAAAGCAUAUAUGCGAAAGUGACAAUUUAUCUUGGA